CACGAGCUGCAACCCCUAGCGACUAACCAGCCAUUGCUCACUUGUGCCACAACACACUCACUAGAACAGCAAGGGAAACGGUCUAAAAACCAUCCUCUAGACGGAUAGGCCUUAAUAAACACACAUUACUACAGCUAGGAUGUUUAAGAACACAUUUCAAUCGGGAUUUCUCUCGAUAUUAUACAGCAUUGGAAGCAAACCGCUACAAAUUUGGGACAAAAAGGUUCGCAAUGGCCAUAUUAAAAGAAUCACAGAUAACGAUAUCCAAUCUUUGGUCUUGGAAAUCGUAGGUACAAAUGUCAGUACCACGUACAUAACUUGUCCUUCGGAACCCCAAAAGACGCUAGGUAUCAAACUCCCUUUCCUCGUCAUGAUCAUCAAAAAUUUGAAGAAAUAUUUCACUUUCGAAGUGCAGGUCCUGGACGACAAGAAUGUUAAGAGAAGAUUUCGUGCAUCGAAUUACCAGUCCACAACGAGAGUAAAACCGUUUAUCUGUACAAUGCCGAUGAGACUGGACGAUGGCUGGAACCAGAUUCAGUUUAAUCUGUCGGAUUUCACCCGUCGGGCAUACGGCACGAACUACAUCGAGACGCUACGCGUUCAGAUCCAUGCUAACUGCAGAAUUCGACGAGUCUACUUCUCAGACCGACUCUACUCCGAAGACGAACUCCCUGCAGAGUUCAAGCUGUAUUUACCCAUGAACAAUAAGGGGCAACAGAAGACUUGAUUCAAGACAAGCAAGAAAUGGGGAUUGGAGGGGCAUAAUUUUAAGGAGGGAGGGAAUUAUUUUCAAGCAAAAGAACUAGAAUGAUCACUCUUUGAUGCAUAUUCACUCAUUUGUACUUAAAACUUUCAUUUCACAUAGCAUUUUCAGCUUUAAAAUUCAAAACUUUAUAUUUAAAGUGAAAAGAAAUACUUUUUAUGGUGAAGUCAAUGGCAUGAUCUGUAAAUGUUACUAAAAGUUAGUGUAUAGUUUAGAGGUCCCAUCUCAUUGGUGUUUUCCAGUGAUUGUUUUCCUCAGUAUUUUUAACAAAAGUCACCUAUUCUGUCAAAAUCUCAUUGCUUGUAAAUAGAACAAGAGAAAUAAAAACUUGUAUUUAACCAGA